GAGGGAGAAAAGUUAGGAAAACCAUGUUUGAACACAAGCCCCCAACUCCACAUUUUCUUCCCAAAGUGUCACAACGUGGAGGCUCCACCUUCCCAAAAAAUGAAAAUAACAGAAAAAAAAAAAAAAAAGAGAAAAAGGCAAAAUUAGAGCUGGGAGCCUGGGAAGAAAACUCCUGCCAAUUUGUGUCAUGGUAAUUAGUAGGAGCCUGAAAGCACAUCUCAAACACAGCAAAACAUCUGUCACUCACUGCCAGGAAAUUGCUGGUUUUCCAGCAUAUCCCUCCAAAUUAUUGCUUUAGCGCCGAAUAAAAGCAAUAAUUACCUCCAAAUACCUCGUAACGUCUCUCCCCGAGGAGGGAGGGAGAAGGGAGACAAUUCCAAGGCACCCGGAGCGGCUCGUGCAGAUGUGUGGGGUGCUCACAAGCGGCAGCACUCACUGAACCCCGCGUUUGAGAAGGAAGCCCUGAACACUCUGGCUGUGAAUGAAGUCAUUCCUCAAGUCUGCAGGAUGCAGUGCUGCUCCAAAAAUCAUGGAAAACCUUUUUGUGUGGCCUGUUUGAGGUUCAAAGGGCUCUGCAGGGACCAGGGGUCUCCUGAGCAGGAUCUGCACAAGGACAGUGUGACCUCCUGGGCUCGGUGCCGUUGGGAUUUGCUGUGCUCCGACGAUUCCGUGUAUCCCGAGGUUUUCCAGAGCUCACCUCUCAGCACACUGCUGCUCCUGUGGCCCCUGGCCUCCACAGCCCUGCAAAGCUGUGGCUGCCCCAUCCCUGGAAGUGUCCAAACCCAGGCUGCAUGGGAUUGGAGCAACCUGGGAUAGUGGAAGGUGUCCCUGCCAUGGCAGGGGGUGGAAUGAGAUGAGCUUUAAGGUCCUCCCAACCCAAACCAUUCUGGGAUUUUAUGGUUCUUAACCUGCUCAGAGCAGGAGCAGCCUCAGUGCAAGAAACCUGUUGGCAAGAGCAACUAUCAAAGGAUUUGAUGCCUUUGAAUUUAUUGAGAAAUGGGUCACAAUCCCCUGCAAAUUCCCAAUCCCUGCCUGCUCCUGGAGCCAGAGCUGCUGUGUCACCACCCUGCUGAUGUGUGAGGUGCUGAGCUGCUUUCCAGGAACAGCUAACGCCUCUACAAGCAUCCUCCCUCCCAUGGUGGUCACCAGCACCCGGCACACUCCCCCAGCCCCACAGCCACUCUUUCCAGUUAAUCCUGGAAUCCCCAUCCCAGCCCCACAGCUCCGUGCCCGGCUCUGGGGGCAGGGAGCUCAAGGGCACGGCUCACACGUGGCCACGGUGGCACCGCCACCUCUCCCAAACAGACGAUUCUCUGACCUGGCCUCUGUCCCCUCCCCUGUCCCAGCAGGACUCAGAGACACAGUUUUAGCACGGAAUGACACCCAGAACAGACUAUUUUUAAAAGAAACCGGAGCAGCUAUUUUAGGAUGUUGCAGCUGAGGGAAGCAAUUCCAUCGCAAUGGGUUCCAGGUGCUGAGAGGGAAGAGCCCAGCAAAAAGCAGCCCAUGCCUGAUGCAGAGAUGGCCACGGUGUCCCUGAGCCCUUCCCCAGGGACAAAGCGUUCUGCUGCCCUCAGCCCCAGGGACAUGAGGGAAAAAUGGGAAUGAAGCUCUGCAGAAGCACUUUAUGCAAGGUAACGUGUGGCCAGGGCUGUACCAAGGUGAGGGCGAGAUGCCCAUGAGGGUCACAUUUGGUUACUCCUUGUUCCCAAAUUCCAGUUUUCCUGGCUUGUUCCAUGUCUGCAAUUCAUUAACCCACACCAGCGGGUUUCCAGCCUAAAUAAUUCCCUGGCAGUGCAGAAAGUUUUUCUCCUAAGCUUGGCACCACAAUAGAACAUUUGUACCCGAGCUGGUAAAUCCCAGCUGGGUGAUUCUGCCAGGGAUGCCACAAGGUGCUGGGGUUAAAUUGGGCUAUUUUUAAACAAAAAGAGGCAGCUAGAGUCAUUCCAGGAUGGAAAAGCAUUGGCACCUUGCUCAGAAAGGUCUGGGACAGAGCAGUGAGGAAAGGCACCCUCCCACUGCUGUAACCUGAAGGUCAACCCCAGCCUCAUCCAUAGAGACAAUUCCCAAGUGAGUCAGUGCCGUGCAAACAGCCCAGGGCAGAGGCCAGCCCCAGUUUUUCAGGAAGCUUUGCCUGUUAUUGGACAUUGUACAGAUGUAAAUGAGCUGAGUUUCAUUCUGCAAUGCAGGAAAACGCUGCAUUUUGCAUGUCAGAAAAGUGCUAGCCUCUCAAAGCCUCUUCCAACAGCAAAACCAGGAUAUCUGUGGAUGCUCUCCACAAAUGGGAUGCACCACAAGCAUCUCCAGGUUCUUUUGAUGGAGCAGGAACACAUGGAAAUCUGUAGAAUUAAUGCUGUUUAUCCCUAAAGCAGGGGAGAGCUGCUGGGUGCUGGGUUCUCGGGAAGGGCAGGAACAUCCCGAGAGAGCUGCUGGAACGGGAAGGCACCGGCAGCUCUGUGACCUCAACACUCAGGCAUGCGGAGGAGCCCGGAACAGAGGGACAUCAAAGGGACUGAGGACCUGCUCAAAGUCUGAGCCCUCUGCAGGAUGUGGGAGCGGCCCUUCAAAGACUCCCAGGAACACACAGGAUCCUCUCUGGGACUGCACACGGAUCGGGCUGAGGAGCCAUCAGAAUCUCAUCAAUGAAUUGCACUGCUUCCCACUGGUCCCAGUAGGGAACCAGCUCUGAUCCUGAGCUCCCCAGUAACCCCAUCCAGCCCAACAUCCAGGGUAUCCUUCCCUAAACCCAUCCAGCCCAACAUCCAGGGUAUCCUUCCCUAAACCCAUCCAGCCCAACAUCCCAGUCAGCCUUCCUGGGGUGGAAGGUUUGAGCAGGCUGAGGGUGUAGCACAAUUCACUCCUCCUAAGGGCAGCAGGCCCCCUGCACAGCUGACACUGUUCUUUCGCCUGGGAUGAGGAGCUAAAAGCUGGGCUUAGCUAUUUUUUUCCCAGCUGAUGGAUUUUCCUGGCUCGCAAAGCCAAAAAACCAACCAGCCAAAGAUCUCCGGCUUCCACAGAUGUUUGGAAAAGAAAUGCCAGCCUCUGAUCGCUCCCGACACAAGCUCUGGGUGUUUUAUCUGUGUUGGAUCUGUCCUUAUAAGCAGUUUUUAAAGCCCAGUUAUCCAGCCCUCUAAAGCCACCGGAGCCACACGCGCACAGAUUAACGGGAACAAAGGAAAAGUCUGGCUUCAAGGGCACGUGGGACACAGAGUGCCAGAGCAGCCUUUUACCUCUGGAAGGGGCAGCUCUGAGAGACUCCAAAAAGCAGCUGGAGUGGGGAACAGGAAUGGUCACCCCGUGGUUGUCUGCUGGGACUGUCCGGUGGAAGGAUCAGCUCAGGUCAAUGGGGUUUGGGGAAUAUUCUACAGGAGGGGCUGGAGCAGGGCCGAGGGUCUGCACUGGCCUGGGUGGAAGGGAACACAUGGGAAGAGUUGUGUCAAGGGGAUCAGUACUGAGGAGCCUUAAUUCUGGAGAAGGAUGAGACGAGAGCUGCAGCCUGGAGCAGUUUCUGCUGGAUCUGGUGGAUCCCGCAGGGAGCCAGCCGCCACCAUCGCAGCCGAUCGGAUUUCACGGAACCCCCGGAUAACCAAAGCCAUGUGUCCAAUCUCAAAGCUGAGCAAUUAAAGGGAGCUGCUCCUGCACCCCAUGGAUUUCAAGCUGCAAAGGAAUUCAAGCUCCCAGGUUCAAAAGCCACCUGCAAUCUGCAGUCCAAAGGUACAGGAAACCAUCCCUGGGAAGGGCUCAGGGCUGUCCUUUCUCAAGAAUCCUGGGAUGAUUUGGGUUGGAAGGGACCUUAAAGCUCAUCCCAUUCUGCUCCCUGCCAUGGGCAGGGACACCUUCCACUAUUCCAGGGUGCUCCAAGCCCUGCCCAGCCUGGUCUUGCAUCUUCCCAAGGCAGGAUGGUGCCUGUUUUGCACACUGAGUUGUCCCAAACUGGAUCCAACCCUGCCCACCAUGAGUUUUGUGUUUCCACGCUCAGGCAGCAGCAGAGACACACCCAGGGGCUGGUUUUUAGUCUGGCUUUUAGGCCGGACCUAGAUUUUCAAAUCCCAGUUUCCAGCCUGGAACCCUCAUCCACCCUGGCACCAUCAUCCACUCUAGCUGAGGGAUGGCCCUGACUACACCCCACCUCAGAGUUCCAUCCCAGACCUGUGUGACAGUGUGAAAUCCCCAAAACUUUCCCCUCCAACCGGAAGCAGACCAGAGAAGGGAAGAACAAGAAAUCCCUCUGCUUCCCAGGCCAGCCAGGAAUUUUCCACAGCAGUCAGCAGAUUCAUCCAGAUCCCUGUCAGGUUUCCCAAAGGGAAGAGGACAAGCUGCUGAGGUCCAGAGGCCAGAAGAGGAUGAGCAUCCCGCAAUCCCAGCACUAGCAUUGGAUUUGGGAGAUGCCAAAGGAGCACUGCUGUGGGAAGAGCAGACAUCCCUGUUGCACAUUCGCUCAUUCCCAAAGUCAAACCCAACACCAAGGACUGCUCUGCUGCCUCGGAUCCAGCAUUUGACAUUCACCUGUUUUUAAUCCCAAAACGUCUAAAACAGAGCACUGGAUUAGGAACAUGUUCUAGACCAGUUCUGACCAGGCCUGCCCAAACCUUAGAGCCUUCAAAAGCCACAGAAGUAUCACUUUCUCUUACCAAAACCACAGGCAAUUUAGUGUUCCCUUCCAGAAAAACCCCAAAUUCCAUGCUGGGAAGCAAACAGGAAUUCAGCUUUGUAGGAGUUUUAAGAAAAAACUGAACAAGAUCUGAUUUGUCUCCUCAGCAGCGAGACAAAACCUCUGCGGGCACAAAUAAGCUCUUGGGAAGGAAGAGGGGAAACAUCCCGAGUUUAUUUGCAAUUUUGGGGGGCACGUCAGCAACCCCCUGAUGCUGACACACAGACAGAAUUCCCACCGCGCUCCCAGUGUGGGAUUCCCACCCUGCAGUGACUCGGGACUGUGGUACAAGCCCAGUCAAACCCCGGCGUGGAAGCGAAGCUGCGGUUUCUCGCAAUCUCUGCGAGGUGGAGGCAGAAGCCCCGGGGAGGAUCAGUCACCUCCGCACUGUUGCAAGGUGCCCGUGGGUAUUUUUUUAACCGCGGCAUUUGUGAGGUGCUGCCGCUCUGAUAAAGCCCUGGAAAAGGAGAGGCAGUGCCCUCUGAACCCUGUGCAACUGGAUUUACUGAGUCACUCUGUGCUAAUGCCUAGCAAAAAUGUCCUCAUGCAGCAAUUGAGCAAACAAUGCCGAGAUAACCGCGCCAGAACGCCGCGGGCUCGGCCUCUUAUCUCCCAACAGCCCCAAACGGGGAUCGCCGCAAUUCCUGCCGCAAUUCCCGCCACGAUUCCUGCAGCUCCACGGCAGGAGAGGCUUUACUGGGAUACACCCUGCCCUUCUCCCGGGCAGCAUGGCCCCGAGGUGCCGGGUGCUCCGCGGGUGAGCUCACCCUUCGCAAUCGUCCUUUGGGAAAGGCGGGUUUGGCUCGCACGAGGUGCUGCUCUUGCACAAAAGCCGCUGUUCCCUCUCUCCGUGGGCGGAAUCCCCACCAUCCACCUCUCCCUGCCUCCACGCUCCUCUUUUCAUUCCCCUGAAGUGACGCUGCCCCGCAGCCUCCUGCAGGGAUUUACCAGCCCGACACCUCCCCAGAUCUGCCCCGUGCAAUCCAAGAGCUCAGCGCUCCCGGGAAGGGCUGAGCAGCUCCCGCUGCUCGUGUUCCCUGCAGGAGGCCAGGGAAGAGAUGGGAAUUGCUGGGUCGGGCUCCCCAGCCCUGAGGAGGGGCUAAUUGCAGGGAGCAGGCCGGGGUGGGCUAGCGGGGCUGUGUCCCAGCCCUGCUGAGCUCCGCACUUUCCACUCCCGGAUGGUUCCCGCGGUGCGAGGGAGGCGGCAGCAGCCGCCCCGGCCUUAGAGAAUCCCAAAAUGAGUGGUGUUCCAGGAAAUGGCUGCUGUGUAAUUUGGUGAGGUUACAGCUACCACGGGGCUCCAAACCUCAACUGUCCUCUAAAGAACACCCUGUGGGCACAGGCAGAGAAUCCCAGAAUGGUUUGGGAUGGAAAGGACCUUAAAGCUCAUCCUGUUUCACCUCCUGCCAUGGGCAGGGACACCUUCCACUGGACCAGGCUGCUCCAAGCCCUGUCCAGCCUGGCCUUGGACACUUUCAGGGAUGGGGAAUUCACAACCCUCUGGAUGCAGUCAGAGGGAGGAAGUGCAAAAAGCCUGGGAAGAGCCGGGGCUUUGCUGCUCCCAAUAUUUGCUGCAAGGACAACAGUUUUGUACUGAAACCCCAGCAUCUUCCCGCUGAAAUUCACAGCACAGGAAGGGAAAUUCAGCCCAGCUCUUGGCACUCCCCUCCCUUGCUGUCUCCCCCUUCACUCCCAUUUUCAAUCCAUCGGUUCCUGAACUUCGCUCCCUCCACACCAGGGAAGCACUUUUCUCCCUCAUACUGGUCAUUCCAGCCCUGAACACCCAACUCCCUGAAUAUUUCAUGUCAGGAAUCAAAAUUCACCUUUGGACUGCUGACAAGCUUGAGCGAGCGCUCCAUCAUUCUCCGAGAGUUUUACAGCAGAUGCUUUGGGGAAAGAUUAAAAUCAGGCUGUGGAGCGCCAGGGUGCGGAGAGGCUGGGAAGGCACAUCGUGCUGGCUAUGGAUUAAACUGCCUCUCAGUCCCGGGUAUUACACAUGUAAUCCUGGUGAAUAGAGUCCUCAAGGCAAAGGCUGGGCUGCCUUGGAAGGAGCUCUUGCCGAUAGAUGUCAGCACAGCCUGCCCGAAAUUCCCAGCACGACCUUUCCUUCCCAGCUGACAGUGGAGCCGUGGAUAGCGGGGUUUUAUCCACCGGCCCCACCAUGGACAGGGAGGUACCUGCCCAGGAGAGAAGGCACUGUCAGAGACCAGGGAAACGGAAAAAUUGGAUGUGAAAUGAUCAGGGAAUUUGUGUCCAGGGAAACCAUCACCGUGGGUGCCUCCCACGCCUUGGGAAGGAGGGAUCAGCUCCCUCUGGGGUGCAACACAUUCAUGAGAUGUGAGACACCACCAGUGUCAACAACCCUGUGCAUGGCUCCGGGGUUUUCAGCCUUUUUCCUGAAAAGGAAAUAAAUUGGAGAUGCUUUGUGUGAGCCACAGCUCACAAAUUCCUCAGCUCCAACCAAACUCGGGACGAGCAAGAAAUUAAAUUCUCUGCAGCGCUGGGAAAUCAAACGUCAGGAAAAAGAAAAAAAAAUCCUGACAGAAAAAAGAAAAAAAGCAACCUCUCUUCGAAAAUCCAGCCCAACUUCUGUCUAGGUUAAAGGGAUGACAGACCUGCACUUUGGGAUCGUUAAAAUGCAAAUUGUUCCAAGGUGGGGGAGGGAGUACCCGGUACUACUACUAGUACCUGCUAGUACUGCUAGGAGGGAUUCCUACUCAACCCUGGAAGUGUCCAAGGCCAGGCUGGACAGGGCUUGAAGCACCCUGGGAUAGUGGCAGGUGUCCCAAUAGAACAAGGUGAGACCUCAAACCUGUACUGAGGGAAGAGGGAAACCAGAUCCCCACUCAAGAACCCCCUUCCCUUCAAGCCGCUCCUCUCCCAGCCUCCCCAGCCUUUCCCUCUAUUCCCUUCCCACAGGACUCCUCCACGUCCAGCUGAGCUGUGCGGGGCAGGGCGGGAGGGCAUCCGCAGGGUGAGGGGUCAUUCCCUGGGGGAGUGUUACAGUGGGACACUGCCUCCCUGCCCUGCUCACCAAGGCAGCCGAGCCCUGCUCCCAGGAGCCCAUUUCCCACAGCCGGGAAUGUUUUUCCCCAUGUUUUGCCCACGGAUAAAAACUGGCUGAACUUCCAAGUCCUGCGGUGCACGGAGAGCAGGGAAGGGGAGAGGGGAAGUGCUUUGGCUUGCUGGGAUAAAACCCCUCUGCCAGCCCCGUGGCAGCUCACCCAACUGAGCCAGGCCCUGGUCCCGGGCACAUUCCCACCUCCCUGGGCAGGUAAUCCAUGGCUUCUUCAAAGGCAUUCCCGGCUGCCCGCGGCACUGCAUUCCUGGGAGGCAGCGGUGUCCCGGGGCCAGGCACACCUUACUGGAACUGCUGACCUGACUCUGCCCCCUCCCCUGCAGCCCGAGAGCGGAAAGGAGCCACGGAGAGACUCUGUGACCUUGGCAGAUGUCGGGAGCCGCUUUGGGAGCCGCUGGAAAAGCGGUGGGAACACAGCAGUGAUAAGGAUAAGCCGCUGCCAGGAGGGAGGGGCAGGAUGCAGCCAGUUCCACAAAGCUCCCAGAGCUGAGGAGAUCCCAACCAAGGAAUUCAUCUGGAGCAGGACCAGCACAGUGAAACUCCACCGACUGUUUGGAAAACUGUUUUGGAAACUCGCCGCUGUUUUCUAGAAGGGGGAGAUGAAAACAAGGCUGGGCUUUUUAGCUCGGGGCAAGGUUUUUACACAGCUUUGUCAAGGCCAAGGGAGAUUCUGUGCUCCACGAGCGACGGGGAGGUUUCUCCACCAGGACCACAUCUGACACCAGGAGUCUCUCCCGAGUCUCUCCUGCCUCCUUCGGGCUGUUGCUUUUGUUGACACAACACCAUCAAAGGCACCUUCCCCUCAGUCACAAAGGGAAACCUGAUCCUCCCACUCCUGGCACGGGGAGGGGCUGGGGGAAGAGCUGAGCCAAGAGGAACCGCUGCAGAAGGGUUUUACUGCGUCCUGCUAAGGCCACCCAGGGGGUUUAAGCACAACUCCAGCGUGGAGGACCCUGCUCAUUCCCAGGCUGGAGCAGGAGGGAGGAUCAGCCACGGCCGACACUGCGAGGACAGAGAGGAUCAAAGCCUCACACGGAGGAGUUCUGCCUCCAAGCCUGGUUUGAUCCCGAAAUCCUAAGAGAGAUGAGAAGCUUUCCCAUCUCCCCAGCGUGACCGCAGGGACAGAAAACACCAGGAGAGAAGUCCUGGGGAGGUGCCCAUGGCGGGCCAAGAGCGGCCCAGGGCAGCAGCACCAGGAGUCUCCUCCCAGCAACAGGAAAAGUGGAGCCUCGGGGCUCCUGAACUGUGGGAUCAGAGGGAGAGAGGGAUAUCCCCAGAGGCCUGGCAGUGGGAAAACACACAGGGACAGGGAGGGACGGGGCCCUUCCCAGCCCUCCUGCCUCCCCAGGCAGCUGCAGGAAGGUGGCAGCACAAGGGGGACGAUAAAACAGACCCAAGAGGAGGAUGUGCAGAUCCUACAGGACUUCAGCGGGAAUUCCUCUCCCUGCAAAGCCCUGGUCGUUCCAGCACUGUUCCUGACUUUAUAAACACAACAGGCUCGGUUUUAAAAGGAAAAGCUCUUCACCUCUGUGCCAUGAGCGCCUGGGACAGCAAAGCUCCUGGUCUUUUUCUCCUUAACUCAAAAAAGCAUUUCCUGGUGUGGUUCUGGCCGAGAGAGGGCAAGUGCAGGACUCUGAGGAACUGGAACCAAGGAGCGCAGGGAGGGACAGAGCCUGCAGAGAGACACAGCCUGGAACAGCCCGGGCAGGGCAGCAGGAGACGGCCUGGGGACACAUUCCUGGUCCUGCCUGUGAGGUAUCCCUGCAGGAUGCUGUGGACAGGAGGCUCAGGUGGUGCCAACGCGCCUGGGGCUCCUCCGGGAGCCUCCAGCAGCUCCCCUUGCACAGGGAUGGCUGGGAGCCCACCAGGAGAGUUUCACAGAGCUGCAUGCAAACAGGACAAACCUUCCUUGCCAGCAGGGCAGAUCCGGGGAUGAAUCCCAGCUCAGCCAAGCCUAGGCAUCAGCAGAGGCCUUACCACAACCUCCUGCAGCUCUCACUGCAUGAAAUCAUGGAAUCAUGGAAUGGUUUGGGUUGGAAAGGACCUUAAAACCCAUCCAGUCCCAGCCCUGCCACGGGCAGAGACACCUCCCACUGUCCCAGGGUGCUCCAAGCCCUGUCCAGCCUGGCCUUGGACACCUCCAAUCUGUGCCAGGGCCUCAUCCCCCUCACAGGGAACAAUUCCUUCCCAAUAUCCCAUCUGACCCUGCCCUCUGGCAUUCCAGGCCCUUGUCCAAAGGCCAUCUCCAGCAUUCUUGGAGCCCCUCCAGGUACUGCAAGUCCUGGGACUCUCUGUUUCAAACAAGGUUUGUUUUUUUUCCCUGGCUGUUCAGCCCAUUUUUGGGGAGCACCAGGGACUCUCACCACUGAAACCAGAGUGCUCCAGCUGGACUCACAGGAGUGAGGCCUCACAGCCAGAUAAACAGAUUCCAGCAUAAACCACCCCCAGUCCUCCAUCAGGAUCCCCUGAGCACAGAUGGGCUCAAAUUCCAACAAAUGCCCAGGUUAAUUGUGCAAGGAAGGGCAAGGAAAGCAUCCCCAACACACAGAAAAGGCCUCUGCCUGCCAGAGACCACCUACCCUGGGACAGCACUGCAGCGUCCCACACACAGCAGGUAAUUAUCCUGCUCCUGCUCCAGCAGAUCCUGCGUGGGACGGGGAGGGGUGGGAGCAGCUCCACAAUGGCCAGGAGAGCUCAAGGGAGAAGAGCUGGGAGGCACCUUCUGAAAACAGAGAUCCUGCUGCCUGCCACCCUCCUUUCCAGAGCUUCCAACCCCACCAAAAGGUCUCCAGAAGAGCCAGGCACCAACUCUCUUGUGCUGCUCCAGCCCAAUCAGUCACACGUCAAAGCCAUUGUUUCAGAUCUAAGCAAAAAAAUACUUUGAAACCUCAAAAAUUAGGGUUUUUUGAAGUAAUUAUCUCCCUCCUCCGUCUCUGAGACAAAAGAAACCCAGGCCAAUUAUUUCUUUGAAGGCUAAAUAUUUACUCCCAGAUGAAGCAGCUUGGGCUGGAGGGGAAUUAUCCAGCUCUGAUGUCAUCUCAUGCCUGGGAGCUAGAAAACCUGGAUGGAAACAGGUAGGAACAAACAACAACAACAAAGAAGGGUGUUUUCUCCUGGAAAAGCCUCUCAGAAAGGGAUGAAGUUGUGUCCAAGACACUGUGCUCCCAUUCCCUGCCCAGGGCUCAUCAGAGAAGAUGCUUAACGAGGGCACAUGUGGAGUGUGAGGGAACCUCUCUGAGCAAGACCUGGCCUUGGGAAAGAGCUAGGGUCUUAUUCCAGAGCUCUCGAGUCUGUGGGGCAGGUGUGGAAACUCCUCCACAGCAAUUAGCCUGCACACACAAUGAGCAGUAAUCAAUCAGUGUCAGCUCUUUGGUUUUUCAUUUUAAACACUCUCCUGCCUUAUUUACAUCUCAGGAUUUCAAAGCUCCCAGCUUCUGCCCCCUCCAGCCACUCUCCUUUCCCAGGCAGGCAGUGCCAGCCCCACGUUCAGAACACCCAAAGGGAGAGGGGGGGCUGUGUCAGACCCCACCGGGGUGACUCAGCCCUUCGGCAAACCAGGAGCAGAGCUCCCCGUCCCUGCGAUCCCAUCUCGCCCCUGACAGCGUGCAGGAACAGCUCCUCGGGGAUCUUCCCGUGGGACCUCGCCCCGCCACGCGUUCCCACAGAGCCGCUCUCAGCAGGGCACGGGGAUGUGGCUCCCAGUGCCCUGCGCUCAGCGUGGGGAGAGCUCCCCGGGCUGCAGGAAUUGAUGGCCUGGGGGGAGCAGAGCCCAGGAUCCUGAUCAUCCUCCCCUCUCCAGCCCUGAGCAUGGGGGGGGCUCCAGCAGGGCAGGACGGAUGGCAGGAGCCCUGCUGGAGGGGUUCCUUUCCCCUCUGUUUAAAUCCACAGCUCCUUAGUUCUCCCCUGUGGGAGUCACACAGGCUGUGUGACACAAAAAUGAGAACACAAAGAGAAGUGUGGGUGGAGAUCCGAGCACCAAGUGAGGCGUUCACAGCUGGAAAUUCCCAGGUGACACCAGCACUUGGGAUUUGUCCCAGGUCCCUCUCCAGCUCUCCUGGAGCCCGUUUAGGCUCUGGAAGGGGCUCUGAGGUCACCCUGGAUCCUUCUCCAGGUGAACACCCUCAGCUUUCCCAUCUCCCUCUAUAUCCAUCUCCACCUCUAUCUCCUUAUUCCCUGGAUUUUGAAGGACUUCAAGUGCCAGAUAAGAAAAUACUUUAAACAAUAUCUGAGUAGUCCAUAAUACUUAGAGCACUGGACAGGGAAUUUCGUGCCCAACAAGGAGUGCUGGUGCAUGCUAAGCUCCCUUUCUCCUUCCUCCUGCCAAAACAGCUGCUUUAACAUUGAUAUCCCCUGCCCCAAGAGCUUCCCCAAAUUCUUCUGCUUCCCUCCAAGUUACUUUAGUGGAAUUCAGAAAUUAAAAGGAAAAACCACACUGUCAUGGGUGACAUUUCCAGCACAAAAACCAGUGUGGGAAAUAAUCUGUGGUGUUUUCCUGCCUGGCUGAGGGUGCCUGGACAGCAGGAAUGAACCUGCUUUCCCACACUCUCCCACCUGCACGGGCUUGUCUGCUCCACUCCCCCAAAUACCUGGAGUGGGAGCCACUGGAAUGAGCAAAGAAAUCUCAGCUUGGGACAAUGACUCUUACCAUGGGAUCACGGAAUGGGACCUUAAGCAGUAUCACUACUGUGCCACCCCAGUGCCACCCCAGUGCCACCCCCUGCCAUGGGCAGGGACACCUUUCACUACCCCAGGUUGCUCCAGCCUGGUCUUGGACACUUCCAGGGAUGCAGGGGCAGCCACAGCUGCUCUGGGCACCCUGUGCCAGGGCCUCACCACCCUCAUAGAGAAUAAUUCCUUCCCAAUAUCCCAUCUGACCCUGCCCUCUGGCAGUGGAAGCCAUUCCCUUUGUCCUAGCCUUCCAUCCCUUGUCCCCAGUGCCUCUCCAGCUCUCCUGGAGCCCCUUCAGGUGCUGGAAGGGGCUCUGAGCUCUUCCUGGAGCCUUCUCUUCUCCAGGCUGAACAAUCCCAAUUUCUCAGCCUUCUCUAGGCUGAACAACCAUCACCUCUUUCUCAGCCUACUCCAGCGUGAACAAUCCCAACUCAGCCUUCCCCAGACUGAACAAUCCCAACUCUCUCAGCCUCCCCGAGACUGAACAAUCCUGAUUUUGUCAGCCUUAUCACUGCCAGCUCUGGUGGCUGCAGGGAAUUCCCCUUACCCUGCAUGACAGGGACCAGCUGCUCCCGAGCAAACCCCCCCGAGGCGGUGCUGGGGACACAGAUUCUGCCACAAACCCAUAUUCCUCUGGGACACAGCCCAAACCCGGCGGGACAACGCUCAGACACACAUGGAAACACGGAACCCGAGCCAUGGGGAGGAGGGAGGAGGCACGGGGA